AUGAUGCGUUCGUCUAUCCUUUUAAUUCUCGUUGUCACAGUAUGCGUUGCCAUUGUUUCAUCGGAUAGUGAACACAAUAUUGUACGUAUUGUUAAUUCGGGUUCAACAAAUACUGCCGGUUAUACGAUCGAAUUACGACGUGAUGGAAUAGUUCAAUGGACUGUAGCACAUCGACGUCCACUGUUGAUAACCACACCUUCAACACCAAGUAGCACAACAUCAGUGAUGAGCAUACGCCUUUCAUCUGCGCUUACCAAUAGUGUUUUUGAAAGUGUUCAAGCAGCUUUACCACUCAAUCAAUUUCCUCCCAGGUUUUGCAUCAAGAGUGUCUCAUUUGGUACUUCGCUUCAUGUCAUUUACAACGGUGAGCAAAGUCCUGAUCUCAAUUGUCCUUUGGAAGAUGUUCGUCUUAUUGCUUUGAACAAGGCUAUACGUGAAGUGAUUUCUGUUCUUCACAUUAACACUUUAGGUUAA